UUUUCUUGUAUUUGUUCGAUAUCUUGUGCCCUUUAUCUGAAACGAUGGGAGCCGUUAGGAGCAGAAUUUCCUCCCCCGAACUCGUGACAUUUUCAAAACCUGAUCAAAAAAUUGGAUAUUCAAAUAAAAUUUAUUAUCCAAAACAACUUCGUAUUUUCUAUUGACGCAAAUUUUCAAAUUAAUUUUACGGUAAACAGCAGGUCUCCGUUUGUUUUCUUCUCUUAAGUGUAUUCCAUAAUACACUGGAGUGAAACUAGCAAUAGAACUUGUUAUUUCCCGGGCUAAUACCCGCAUCGCGUUAAAUCCCAGGUUUGGAUGAGUUUUCAACGGGUGGCGUGCGGGUGGCCAAUGAAGGACAAUCUGUAUGUUAGUUUGUGGUCAUUGACCAAAGAUCGUGAUCACAAAAAGUGCGUUACAAUUCUUCCAAAGUGAUAUAAAAGCCUUUUAUUUGGACAGUAAAGAAAAAUUAUGUUAUAGUGGGAUCGCAAAAUGGCGUAGUUUUUGUGUCGGAAAAAAAAAUUGAAUAAAAAAAUCAAGGAAAGAUCUCUAUUUUGACAAUUUCUGGCAACCGUUGAGAACAGUGUAUUUUUUGGCGCGAAAAUUUCACCAGCCAAUAAGCGGCUUGCUAAGUGACGUAAUGUUUUGGUCGGAAGAGUGAUUUAAUUCCAGAAAAAUGACAGGAUGGGUGACCAUAGCGGCUUCAGUAGAACGAGUUACGUUUAUUUCCGAUUAACUAAGACAUAAAGACACGGCCAAAGAAUUUCCAGAAUGGGCGAGCACGUUGGAGGAAGCUGUGAAAACAUGGAUGUGCUGUUUUACGAGCAAAGCGCAUUACCAGUGAACGGGUUUUCGCGUUAUGACAAGAACGCCCUGAGGUUGAAUCUCGAAGGGCAUCAUCCGUCAGUGGUACAGGAAUAUCGAGGCAACGGAAAGCUAGGAAUUUACGAGAACUCGCCUGAAUUAUCUUUGUUUAAAAUGGUCUCUCCUGAACUGGAAAAGUUUAUUGCGAGUAAUACUGGGCUGACGCCCAAAGGAAACCCUGGAGGAAUUAAUUCACCAGAAUUUACUUUAUUUAAUCUGAUUUCACCAGAGUUUGAAAAGAUUCUCGCCAGUGUCCAGAAUCCGAAGUCGCCAACGCAGGCUAAAAAUACGCGAGAGGGGAACCAUAGCGUUAAGCAACAGCACGAAGCUUAUGUCCAAGGAUUUGCCGAGGCUCUACAACAAAUUCACGAUCGGCAGCAGCAACAGGUUGAUCAUCUCAACAAGCAAAAUACGACACCCGUUAGUUCAGGUACCAAAAACACUUGGGCAGAGCCUGAAAACACAGUUAACAACUUUCACACGCAAAUAGCCGUUAAUGAGACAUCGUACGAUAUCAGAAAUCCCCCUUACGCCGGGGUGACAACGUAUGAACAUCAUGAACUUUACCCGACGGCUUUUACGGCCCCGGUUGUGGCAGAAGCAGAAAAUUUUGAAUACGCUGAGGACACUUUGAAACCGCAAGCAGGCAGUGUACUUCCGCUACCGCCAAUAGAUUUAGAACUUCAAGAAAUUGUGAAACGCGAGCGAAAGAAGCAGAAAAAUAGGGUGGCUGCGUCAAAAUGCAGGAAAAAGAAACUUGAGAGAGAAGCACAGCUUGAAGUUAGGGUACAGCAAUUAAAAGAUAAAAAUAUUGAACUUAACGCGGUCGCUAAUGCGUUACGCCAGCAAGUAAGUGAACUGAAGCAACGAGUUUUAGAACAUGUGGCGUUCGGAUGCCAGUUACCCUCCAUAGCUUCUGCGACUUUCUAGAAUUCACAUUUCAGAU